AUGGCGGAAUCAGAUUUCGAACCUUACAAGCUCGAAAUCGAGCGACUGUACAUCCAUGAGAACAAGUCUUUGCCCGAAGUGAUGGAUUACAUGGUGUCCAAAUACUCUUUUGCUAAGUCCCCGGGCCAGUACAGCCGCCAACUCAAGAAAUGGGGGUUUGUCAAGGGUCACAUCAAGGCGAAGGAGUGGAAUUGGAUCGGAAACAAGACAAACAAAAGGAAACUAAAUGACAAGAAAAGCGAAUUCCACAUUGGUGGAAAGGAGAUUCCCGUACCAAAGCUCAAGAAGGCAAAAUAUAGAGAUGCUUAUGUUUCGACCAUAGCCAAGUUCUCUACUGCUCCUUCCCCGAAAACUCCAGAAGGGUUCUUUGUUUGCACCCCAACAUCACCAGGGAUGGAUCUUAUGUGGAAGCGGCCACUCCCAUGGCUGCGAUUUAUCAAAAUUGUGCGUUCCAUGGAGAAUGAAGUACCAUCGCCGUCCUCGUCGCUGCCCAUCUGUUCCCCUCGUGAUGCCGAUGCGCUUUCUAGCACCGUCAACCACGAACUGAUGGAGCGCCUGAGCACAAUCAUACCAUGGGAUAAACUGAGUCAUCCCGCGAAUAUACACAGUAGCUCUCGAACAUCGGCAGCUCUAAGCAUACUCAUGCCAGAGGAGUUUCCGGGCCAUCAUGAUGCUUUGUCGACGGACUUGAGCAUCUCUACAAACAGGGGAAAAGAUCGCAUGGCUUUAGAGCUUUUUCUUCUUUCAAACAACUUCACUUCGCAUGAUCCAGAGAAAACAACUGAGAGGAAUAUGAGAUCGAAUGACGAGCGGGUGAUGCAAACGUUGAGCGACUAUGGCUGGAAGGAAUUGAGACAUAUUCAGAUCCUUUUAUCAACUCGCGAGCCAACUGCUGAAGCUAUUGCAGAAAAGGUGUUUGCAAGUGCGUUGAGACUACACGAUGUGGACGCGGUGAAGAUGAUGCUCGAAGCCCACAUGGAUUUAAACAACCCAUUAGUUGAGUCAAUCUCCCACGGUGUUCUGACACCUCUUCAAUUCAUCGCAGGAAGCUAUUAUGAACGCAGUGAGGAGCUUGUCAAUCUGCUUAUAUCCCAUGGGGCGGAUGUGAACCACUCGGGAAACGAGUACCCACCUUUGUUCUAUGCCAUUUACGAACACGAGAACAAAAUCAUCCGUGCUCUUAUGCUUCAUGGUGCUAUUGUAACGCCAUAUUGUCUUUCUGCUGCUACACGUUUGGAGGAUAUCGAAGUCUUCACAGAUAUCGCCAAUUCCUGUUCUGAUGUGAACGCACGCGGAACAGGAAUGGAGGACGGCAGUGCUCUUGCUCAGGCUGUCAGACAUCGCAAUAUCCCGGUAAUUGAAGUUUUACUCGCCAAAGGUGCACAUAUAAAUGAUCUGGUCGAUGUCUAUUUUGAGGGUGGCACUGCGAGAACUACUAUCUUGGGCCUUGCAGCCGCUUAUUCAGGAUCUACCGAUAUUAUACGUGCCUUGCUGCGGGGCAGCUAUGAGAUGAACCCUGACUUCGAUGGCCUUCCUUAUGUUUCGCCCGUUGUACUAGCGGUGCAAAGAGCAAGUGCUGAUAUUACUCGGGUUCUACUCCAAGCUGGGGCCGAUAUAAAACUAGCCGAUGAGCAAGGGGAAAUGACACUGCUUGAACGCGCCAGCCAAUGGCUCCCAGCGGCAUUGGACCUGUGCAAAGUCUUGAUUGAAUAUGGGGCCCAAGUUGACAGACCGGUUUCCCCUCAGAAACAUGGGUCCUCAGCUCUUCUCCUUGCGCUUCAGCGAAAUUCGCGCGAACUUGUUAAGCUUUUGAUCGGCACAGGCGCACGCCUCAACGAUGAAUACACCGAGCCCCCUUACACUGCACUUGGAGCUGCCAUUAAACGGGGUGAUGAUGUGUUGAUUAAUUUCCUCUUAGCCGCCGGAGCUACAUUUUUGGGAACUAAACUAGAAGCGAUUGGCAAUUUGGGUACUGCUAUGUACCUGCAGAAAAAUGGAGUUCUUCAAGGCAUUCUGAGGGUAUCAGGACCCGGAAUUCUUGCUGCUGCUUUAUCUGCGAAGAAGGCCGAUCUAGCUCACUACUUGCUUGAAUAUGAUGCUGAUCAUGAAGAUCGGAUCGGAAAUGAGGACCCUGCCCCCUCCAAACAGACCCCAUUGGAAGCAGCAAUCCAAGCGCGGGAUUUUAUAUUUGCAGGAUUGCUUUUGGAACGCGGUGCAAAGGUUACAGAUAUGGCUGUUGCAUAUGCUAUAUACGUAGGGAAGGAUCCUGUGCUUCUGAAACACCUACUGGCCAGGUUCCGUGGAAGUGCCACCAUUACAGUAGGAACCGCAUUCUCUCGCAAUGCAUCCCUAAAACUGCUUCAACUUCUUCGAGAGGCAGGAGUGGACCCCACUGGAGUACCGCAAAAUUACCGGGAUCAUUGGCGGUACAAUCAUUUUCACCUGCCGCAACCAGAGUCGGUACUCGAAAUAGCAGUGAGGGCAAGGAGUAGGGAGGGUUUACGGUUCCUGCUCCAAUGGACCCCCUGGAGCCCAAGGCUGAGCGGUCGCGCCUUGACAGUUGCGAUACUUCUGCAUUUGAAUGAACUCGCGGAGGAUAUACUGCUUUUCGAUCCUGAUCUGACUCAGGAAGUCACCAUCGAAUACACCGUUUUCAACAAGGGAUUUGGAUUUGAAGAAGUCGAAACAACAGAGCAAGCAACGUACCGUCCCCUCGAAGCCGCAGUCAAGAGACAAAUGAUCCCAAUCGCGCGGAAAUUGAUGGAAAAAGUCGAUGUCAACUAUCUUGGGCGUGGGCCUCGCUGUCGAACAGCAUUGCAACAUGCCGUUGAAAAUGGAAACAUGGAGCUUAUCAACCUACUAAUUUCGGAGCACGGAGCGAAGAUUGAUAGCCCUCCUGCCACAGACGGCGGUGCUACUGCAUUGCAGAUUGCAUCCAUCAAAGGUUAUAUUGGUAUUGCAAGGAGACUGCUUGACCUAGGAGCAGAUGUCAAUGAAGCUCCCGCGAAAUACAACGGACGUACGGCCUUACAGGGAGCGGCGGAACACGGUCGAAUUGAUAUGCUACAAAUGCUGCUCGACGAAGGAGCGUUGAUUGUUGGCGAAGGUGAACCGCAGUAUCGCAGGGCUGUCGACCUUGCGGAACGCAAUGGAAAAUAUGCUGCUGCGAGGAUGCUGAGGUCUUGGAAGGACUCUGUGUAUUUGAACCCUUCGGCGGUUUGA